UGCACAUUACCUAAUAAUUUUAAUUAUUUCGCCUAUCUGUUUCGGACAAAUCAACAUUAUAAAUUUUGGGACUCUAGACUAUGAAGAUGGUGACAUGGCGUUAAUUUUAUUCAUAACUCUGGAAAAUUUGUUCAACGACAACUUAGAUUUAAGUGUAAGAAUGGUAGAAAGGGAUACUGCUGAAAAUGGAACCCGACCAUUAUAUUUAAUAGGCGAAAAUAUAUAUUCGUUAAAAAAGAAACGUGUUAUUAACGCUACAUUAAUUUAUCCAAAUAUGUAUUUAAGUGGAAUAUAUGGCACAUGUACAAUUGCCAUUAAAUAUCAAGGUGCAGAUAAAACCAAUGAAAUUAAAACAGAUAUUCAAUACAGAUCUAAAAUGAACAAGGUACCGUCAUCAGAAGAUUCAUGUGAUGGAUCUAGUAUUGGUCCACAAAAGUGUAAAACUGAGGAUUUAGAUCCAGAUCAAGAUUGUAGUCCUGUAGAUUGUAUGAUGAAAUACUCAGGAGAACGUAGUUAUUUUAACAAAGCACAAAACUUAUGCCAAUCAAUGCCGUUUUGUUUAUCUGCUCCCAAUAAUCCAGAGGUUAUAUAUCAAAUCGAUAGUAAUACGUGCAGACCAUUUGCAACAUACAUUACAACUACAGACUUACAAGAAUUAGAGAGGAACCAAGUAGUUGAUUGUAAUUGUCAAUUCAUGAUCAAUUCCAUCUGUCACCAUGGAACAAUUAACAAAGAGACUGGUAUGUGUGAAUGUCUUCCAAACUGGACCACUUCGCCGGAUCCAGACGAAAUGUAUCAACCCACUCUACAACAGUAUCAUGUCUGUAAUGUAGAAAUAAAUUCGUGGAACUCCGUAAAUAAAAACAAAAUUAAAACUACCAUUCUUCUGAUCUGUAUUUUUGCAUUAACUAUCGCGUCCAAGGUAAUAAUUUUUAUGUGUCUCCUAACUUGGUGCAUCAAAUGGAUUCGAAAACCUUUCUCUAAGAACAAAGGAAAGAAAACCGAUGUUGAAUCUGGAUUUAGAAGUUGCCUUUGUCGACUUACUGGCAAAGAAGGACCGAAAGACACAGCAUCAAAACAAGUAGAUACUGGAGUAUCGCCAGAUGGGGUUUGCAUGCCUUGCAAAGAAAGUGAAUGCGAAUGCGAACUUUGUACAAAAAUUGGAAACCUUAUAGACAACAUAAUUGAAACUACUCCUUCACAAAAAUCAGAAAAAAGUCCUCCAAAAGAAAACCAACAAGUGGUUCAAUAUGCAUUGUGUCAAUCAUGCAAAGAGCCAGCCUGUGUGUGCGAUACAUUUAGCAACACAAUUAAUCAGGCUUUAUCCAAUUUAGAUUCUAAGAGUAGCAGGAGUUCUAAAUCUACUCUUACUAGAACAUCCACUUCGAAGUCUAAGAUAUAUUACCAAAGUAAUCCCAAUUCUGAUGCUGGGGAGGCACCUUUAGAAAAAAGUACAUCUGAAGGUAUAAGUGAAGAGGAUUCAGAUGAUGAUGAGGAUUAUGAAAUAGAAUUUUCCGGGGAAGUUUCUGAAGAAGAUGAAGAAGACGAUGGAGAUAACAGGUUGGCACAAAUUAAGGAAGAGGACGAAGAUGAUAACGUGUCUAGAUAGAAUACAUUUUAUAUAUUUUUAUUAUAUUAAAACUUUAUUAAUAUUUAAUAAAUUAUCAUUUAUUAUCUA